ACGGAAUACUACUCAGCCAUAAGAAAAGAUGAAAUACUACCAUUUGCAACAACAAGGAUGGAUCUUAAGAAUAUCAUGCUUAGUGAAAUAAGUCAGACAGAAAAAAUGCGAAAGCUGACAAUCAUGCCUGCAGGGCUGAUAUUUGCAUCUAUAAGUGUGCAUGCAGCCAAAGAAGAGGAAUCCAAAAAGCAGCUAAUGAAACCAGAGCAGCUCCCUAUAUAUGCUUCACCACCUCUUCAAUCUAAAUAUGUUGAAGAGCAGCCUGGUAAUUUACAAAUGGGCUUUGCCUCCAUCCGCACUACAACUGGUCGUUAUAUUGGCUGGUGCAAGGGUGUGUAUGUCUUUGUGAAAAAUGGGAUAAUGGAUACAGUUCAAUUUGGAAAAGAUGCAUAUGUUUAUCUGAAGGAUCCACCACGAGAUUUUCUUCCGAAAAUUGGAGUGAUUACAGUUUCAGGAUUAGCAGGCUUGGUUUCAGCAAGAAAAGGUUCUAGAUUUAAGAAAAUUGCUUAUCCAUUGGGAUUGGCCACUUUAGGAGCAACUGUUUGUUACCCAGUUCAGUCCGUAAUAAUUGCAAAGGUCACUGGGAAAAAGGCAUAUGCUACAAGUCAGAAAAUGUAUGAAGCAGUUAAAUCAUUGUGGACAAAAGACAACAAAAAAGAGUCACUUCCUGAACCUAAAGAAAAAAUUAAGCUAGAAAACUCUGCUGAAAUAGAAAUACCUGCAAAAACAGCUCAUGACCCGAAGCACUCAGUGGGUUUGCCAACAGAACUCAGAUCUGAAAUGAAGACAAAAUCAGAAUUUACCUCAGGUGCUACACAGUUUAUGCCUGACCCCAAGCUCAUGGAUCAUGGACAGUCCCAUCCAGAAGAUGUAGAUAUGUACAGCACUAGAAGCUGAAAUAGUCUACAUAAACAAUUACAAAUGAUAAUGAAAGAAAUGUAAUGGGUAAUUGUGAUGCAUAGAGCAUAACUUAAAGCAAAUUUAUCCCAUACAUCUUCUAAUGUAUGGUUUGACCAAUCAAGUAAGUGAUUAAAACACAAACAGAAAAUACAAUCGAAACAAUAUUAAAUGAUUGGUGAAGUGGCAGAGGUAGUAGUAUUAAGAUGCAUUUGAUGACUUAAGGGUGUUUAUAAACAAAAAAUAGAUUAAAUAUGUGAACAAUUAAUGAGACUAAGAUCUGAAAAAAUAUGUAUGUAGUUAUGCAAACAUAUGUUUGCUUUAGCUUUUUCUCACUAUCAAUUCCCAACUGGUGACAUUAAUGUCAGCUAAAUUAGAAUGGUUUGUGAAGGAUAGAUUCUCUAUCCUUCUCUUUUUUCAUUUCCCAGAACAGGAAUAAAAUAUCCAUAUUUUAUGACA